CCAUGCUUGGACUCUGUUUGGUUUCCGGGAAAGGUGACGAAAAGAAAGUUGAAGUUUUGAGUUUUUAUUAUGUUUAAUUCAUGAUUACAUGCUGUUCGCUUGGAGUGUGGAAAUAUUUGUUUCUCUUUUAUUUGAGUUUCACUUUUGGUUGUUGUGAGUAGUGAACUGCUUGGAAAUAUAAAGGGUCUGUUCUCGUGUUUUUUCUUCUCUCUUUUUUAUUUGACUUUUGGUUAGUCCUCUGGUUGCUAUUGCUGUACUUUGUAAAACGAAUGUCUUUCUAUUCCUUCCCCCCUAUUGGUUCGAGUGUGUCUUGGGUUUGAUGCAGAAAGUAGCAAAGUCAUGCGUUCAAUGAAAGAAAGAGAUUGGGAAAUUUCAUUUUGUAGACGUUAAUUGGUCAUUUUCAGUGUGUUUGCUGCUUAUAGUUCAUAUAUCUGUUUCUUCCUAUACAUAUGUGUUCAAACACACAAAUAUUUUGAAGUUUCCGGUGUAUUUUCUAAUCUAUGUUCAUAACUCAUUGUUUUUUUUAUGCUUUAUGAAAAAUUUUCAUUUUUCAUUUUUUCUUUUUGCUUGGAAGUUAGAAGUUGUUCUAGCAGGCAAAUAAGAAAAAAGAAAUUGAAUUUGUGUCUGAGGCAGAAAUACUUUCAGCUUUGUGGCUUCUGUGGGUUGAUAGCAAAGGCCUUGAGAGGAAGAAUUUUCCUCGGCCAUCCCUCUCUGCUGGUUCGUUUAAGCUUCUGGAGUCCAAAGAACAUGAACUCUCCAUCAGCCCAAUUUGUCACCUCAAGAAGGAUGGGAGUAUAUGACCCUAUCCACCAGAUGAGCAUGUGGGGUGAAAACUUCAAAAGCAACAGUAAUCUAAAUUCAUCUGCAUCCUUGAUCGUGGAGGAUGUGAAACUAGAUAGUCAGUCAGAGGAUGCUUCACAUGGAAUAUCGGGACCUUCAAAUCAAUAUGACCAAGAAGCUACUAAACCUGUUGAUAAGGCACAAAGACGUCUUGCACAAAACCGGGAGGCUGCUCGUAAAAGUCGUUUGCGGAAGAAGGCCUAUGUUCAGCAGUUGGAAACAAGUCGUUUGAAGCUGAUUCAAUUAGAGCAUGAGCUGGAGUGUGCCCGACAUCAGGGCUCAUAUAUAGGUGGUGGGUUGGAUGCCAUCCAUCCAGGGUUUCCUGGAGCAGUGAACCCAGGGAUUACUACAUUUGAGAUAGAGUAUGGGAAUUGGGUGGAAGAACAAAAUAGACAGAUUCGUGACUUGAGGAAUGCUUUGAAUGCUCAUGUAACUGAUAUGGAGCUUCGAAUGCUGGUAGAAAACUGCAGGAACCAUUAUUUUGAACUUUUCCGCAUGAAAGAAACUGCUGCAAAAGCCGACGUCUUCUAUGUGACUUCGGGCAUGUGGAAAACAUCAGCUGAGCGCUUUUUCUCGUGGAUUGGAGGGAUUCGCCCUUCAGAGCUUCUUAAGGUGAUGUGUGGAUCAUCUCAAAUUAACGUGCUUGGGCCUCAGCUUAGCCCCAUGACAGAACAACAAUCUGCGGAAGUUGUCAUUCUUCGAGAUGCAUGUCAGCAAGCAGAAGAUGCUCUUUGGCAAGGUAUGGAGAGACUCCAGCAAACUCUGGCUGAGACUGUAGCAGCUAGUCAACUGAUUGAAGGAAGUUACAUCCCGCAGAUGGCUCCUGCGAUGAAGAAGUUGGAAGCUCUAGUGGAAUUUGUCAAUGAGGCUGACCAUAUUCGGGAGGAAGCCCUAGAACAAAUGUUUCGCAUCCUGACUAUCCGCCAGGCAGCUCGAGGCCUGCUUGCCUUGGGAGAGUACUUCCAACGCUUUCGAGCUUUGAGUAAGCUUUGGGCUACUCGUUCUCAUGAGCCAGCUUAGUCUCAUACUGGAAGAGGCUACAAGCUGCUUAGUCUUAUAAUGGAGGAGGCUACAAGCUCAAUCACAAACGGCAGCAUGCCUUGGCAAGCAGAUGUGCAUUUCAGUAGUGUUGUUAUGAAGAUAUUUAGACAUGAUCCAUUUUUCAAUCAGCCUCCCACCAUUGAGAAGUUGUAUAUAUUAAUGGCCAUUUGAUCAACAGGAAAUUUGUAAUUAGGGUUAUUUUUAGUGCUUGUACAUUACCUUCUCCUCAAAGUUCAUAUAUUUAAGAUUUGGAUUUUGAGCUGAGAGUUUGGAACUUUGUCAUGUAAAAUAUUUGUUGGAUGUCUCAAAAGUUGUUUGUGCUUUGAACUGAACUCGCUUUGCUCAGAACGAAGUGAUAUUGUGUAGUUGAAUCGGAUUGUGAUCGUAAGGUGUAUCGAAUGCUUUUAAUCUGAAAAAAAAAAAAAAGGGGUUUGAUGGAC